AUGUGGAUUAUGGUGCAAUGUGCGAUUGGAAUUACAAAAGUUAUAUCAACCUCAUUCACUGAAACCACAACAUUCACAGAUCAUGAAGGUUGGACAAUAUCAAACACAUAUAAUUUAGGCCAUUCAUCAUGUGGGGGUGUCCAAUUGUUCGGUGGUAACAAUGAGUUUGAUCAGUCAACUGGAAUAGUCAAACUGUUUUCACUUCCACCUCACUACAAGUUAUAUCUAUCUUUUGUUGUUUAUGUUAUUGAUAUGACAUCUGGCUAUACUAUAAAUGUCUUUUUGGAUCAAAUGCCUCACCAAAUCAUUAUACCUCUCGCUUCAAGUGAUCUAUGUGGAACAUCCCAAGUAGAUUAAACUUACAAUGUUGCUAUAAAUUAAUUUCAUUCUUAUCCAACAACCAUCAUUUCAAUAUUUGGUUCAUAGGAUUAGACAUUGGUUUACUGGGGAAUACGUGAUUUUGUACUAUCAGUAGAUACUUGUCCAUCAAAUUGCGAUAUUUGUUUUUCAGGAUCCUAAGCUUUUGAAUGUUAAUAAUGGAAACUCUUUCACUCAGCUUGGACUAGCACAGACAUGAAUGAUUUUGAUAAUGGUGGAUGGUACACACAGUCACUUGCAGGCCCUACGGAAUGCGCUUCAAUCCCGAUCAAAGGAGGCUACAAUAGUAUGACAGCAGCAGGAUCAUUAGAUAGAUAAUUUGUUUUGCCACCUCACUCCAGUUUAUAUUUCAUAUAUAGAUUUGUCAUUAUAGACGGUUGGACUGGACAACAUGGUAAUUUUAAGAUAGAAAAUGUGAAUUUCUAUUCUCUUUACAAUUAAGUUGGAAAUUAAAGGAAUUUUUGUGGAAAUGGGUUGCAACCUGAUUAAUUUCAUAUACAUGGGAUAGAGUAUCUUCAUGAUAAGCCAAUCAUAUCACUCCUCAUCACUAGUGACUAGGGGGAUUCAACCAAAUUUUUUGGAAUAAGAGAUUUUUAUAUUUAUGUUUAUACACCCUCUUCAAGUUGUGGCGAUGGAGUGAUUGAUGAGAAUGAAUAAUGUGAUGAUGGAAAUACCUAUGCAUUUGAUGGUUGUUUUAUUUGUGAGUACUCAUGUGUAGAGGGAUGUUCAACAUGCAUAAAUGGGAUGUGCUAUGAUUGUUAAGAUGGAUGGAUGUUUGAUAUGCUAAAUGAUUAAUGCAUAUAUUAAUAGUCUAACAAUUAGAUUGAGUAGGAUCAAAUAAGGGACAAUCAACUUGAUAUUCAUAAUUACUAACUCAAUUGUAUUUAAUUUAAUCAACAAACUUAAUGUAUUAAAUGUAAAUUAGGAUAUGAAUUAUUUGAAUAUUGUUAGCCAGUCUGUGGAGAUGGAAUUGUGGCAGGUAAUGAAGAGUGUGAAAUGCCUUAAAAGAAUUGCAAUAGUUCUUGCUAAUAUUAAUGUUAAGAAGAGUGCAGUGUCUGUAGUUUUGGUAAAUGCCAAUAAUGCAUAUCUGGGUAUAUGUUGUAGAUGUCUGAAUGCCUACCGAAAUGUGGGGAUUAUCAAAUACAAAAGUAGGAGCAAUGUGAUGAUGGGAAUAUGGUCAGAUUUGAAGGAUGCCAUAAUUGCUAAAAUGAAUGUUAGGAUUAGUGUUUACUUUGCGGAUUAGGACAAUGUUUAAUGUGUAAAGAAGGUUGGAUAUUGGAGAAUGGAUAUUGUGAUUCUAAGUGUGGAGAUUAACGAAUUGCAUAAGGUUUGGAGGAAUGUGAUGAUGGGAAUGACAUUUAAUUUGAUGGUUGUUACGAGUGUAAAUUAGAAUGUCCUGAUCAAUAAUGUGCUGUCUGUUAUUUGGGUGUUUGUUAUAGUUGUCACUUUCCUCUAACUUUGUAUAAAGAUUAAUGUUUGGUUAUAUGCGGAGAUGGACUAUUGGCAUCAGGAUAUGAAGAAUGCGAUGAUGGGAAUGAGAUUCCGUAUGAUGGGUGUUAUAAAUGCAAGUACCAAUGUUAUAAGGAAUGUAAAAUCUGUGAUCGUGGUGUUUGUAUGGAUGAAUGUGAUUAUGGAUAUUACUUAGUGAAUCAGAUAUGUGUUCCAUAUUGUGGAGAUGGGAUUAUUACAAUUGAUGAACAAUGUGACGAUGCCAAUUCUAUUGAAUACGAUGGUUGCCACUAAUGUGAUUACUCAUGUCCUCAAAAUUGUAAUGUCUGUGAAGAAGGUAUAUGUUCCAAAUGCAAUUUUGGAUUCUAUCUGAACGAUCAAAAGUGUAUCACCAAAUGUGGAGAUGGGUUGAUUGGAUUCCCAGUUGAAGAAUGCGAUGAUUAUAAUAAAAACAAUUAAGACGGGUGCGAUUCUAAUUGUCUAAUUGAAAUUGAUUGGACUUGUACACAACCUUCAGAAGACUCAUUUAGUCAAUGCUCUUACAUGGUUGCUCCAUCAAUGAAACUUACAUAUAUUACCUAAGAGUAUAAUUUUUAAUAUGUUGAACUCAGUUUUACUCAAAAAGUCAGAUGUUAUGUAUAGAAUUAUACAUCAUUCAUCAAUGCCACUAUUAUUAAUUUCAAUGCUGAUUCUUAUAGAAUUAAUAUCAUUGAAACUAUGCCAGCUAAUUACACCUUGCAAUCAGUAAUAUAUGAAUUCAAAAUAGAAAUAUUAGAAUAAGUUAAAUCUGAUAUUAUUUUGGAAAUAGAUCUCAAUGAAUAAUUGUAUAAUGGAAUUGAGAUGAAUUUGAUUAAGUUAUCAUCAAGCAUCAAAUUGAAUUAGCCUAAAUUACUGGAUCAGAAUUAACUCACAGUUUCAUCAUCAUUAUAAGAAAUGAACAAAGUCAUUUUAUAUAUCUCAUGUAGCAUUGGAUUGCUAUAUUUGAUUUUUGGUAAGAUUGGUGUAUUCCUAGACAUAUUGGAUAUCUUAUAGUAGUAAUCAUAUCUGAAAUAUAUAAAUGUGGAGAUCCCACAGAACUUGAAAAUGUACUAUGAAUCCAGCAAUGUCAUUUCCUUCCAACCAUUCUUGCAAUUCCUCAAUCUUAACACUUUAAGUUCAAAUUACGUGGAAUUGCAAUACAUUGAAGCCAAGUACAAGUUCAAAGAAUACGAAGUGAAUGCUGACAUUACUGCAAAUCUUUAACUGUUUUUGAUCAUCGUGACAACUGUAUUCAUUUCUAAAUUCAUUUUUAAACAACUACUCAGAUAACUAUAUAAAGCCAAUAUACCAAUGAUAGAGCAAUUCCAAUUUAAAUUACAUUCCACAUUUACAUUGAUAAUUUCAAAACUCUAUUUCAAUUUUGCUAAGCAAGGAUUACAAGUCAUCAUUCACUCUAACAGUUUUGAUUUGCUCUUCGUCUCUUGUAUUCAACUGAGUGUCAAUUGUGAUUUGUACAGAACACUUCUGUCAGUGUGGAUUAUUGUUUUCACAACCCUUGUAAUAAUACAACCCAAGAAGAAUAGACAGCAAAAUAGUGUUAUCAUUAUUAAGAAACUAACUUACAUUAUGAUUCUGGUGUUUUAUCAAUCUUGCUAGAUAGUUCAAUCGAUAUUGUUGUCAUUGAUUCAAACCUUUUAUAUGUCAUUUUUAAUCAGUCAGUAAAAAAGCAUGUCUCUUUAAUUUUUGAAGUAGUUUAUGGCUGAAGGAUCGAUGCUAUUCACUCUUGUAAUGAACUUUUGCUAUUGGGAUGAGUUAAUGACUUAACUUAAUUACCAGAAUAAAGUAGAUAUUUCAUGGAGUCAAAUUGCAUUGUUAACUUCAUCGUUGGCUUCUAUCAUUUUGGUAGAGACUUACAAUUCUUUUUUGAAUAUUUAUAAGAAAGUUUAAUAGAAAAAGAAGGGAAAACCUUGUAACUCAAAGUAUCCUUUCGAAUAAAUGAUUGUUUUUUGA